AUGACCACCAGCCCUCGCAAGGCUGGUGGCCUGCCCACCCCUGUGACUACACACUCAAGACUAAGAUUAAGAUUAAGACAAAACACGGUAAGCACUGACGGUUUUUCGGACACAGGCAUAAAUGUUGGAUCUGGAGGUGGUGAUAGCUCCGCCACCGGCUACCGUCCCAUCGAGGAAGGAUCUCGACGAGUAGGGGAUCUCAUCUCCUCCCCUAUGGGGAGUGAGAACACGGUUAACACUAAUGGUUUUACGGCUACAGGUACAAAUAUUGGAUCCAGAGGUGGUGAUAGUUCCGCCCCCGACUACCACACGAACACCGAUGAAGGCUCCCAACCAGUAGGGGGCCCCAUCUUGCUCCCGUCAGGGAGCGAGAUAAAUGUGCAUCCUGCACAGCCAGCUCGUCAGCAGCGGCAAACGGUCAUACCAGACCAAAAUGCGCGUCAGUCGCAUGCAGUCCGUCAGUGUCUGCCAACGGUUGUCUCAAACCAAGAUGCGCGUCAGUCGCAUGCAGUCCGUCAGUGUCUGCCCACAUCCGCAAAUGUUUCAAACGGCGAUGUGCCCAGAACACAACCCAUUCAUAAUGAACAGUCAGCUGCCUCCACUAGUGGAGACACCAGCGAAUCUUACCCACAAACCCCAGAUGAAGGGCCGCUACAUCCUGCAACCAGAUCUGAACUAUUCGCCCCUCAACUCACACAAGACUUUGACAGAGACCUCCAAUUACUUCGGGAAAUUGAGGAUCUCCUGAACGAAUUUGAGGUAGACCCGGAGGACUUACUGGAACCUCCUCGAACACAAAGAGAAAAUCCCCCACAUCAAACGGCCACCAUAGACCAACCUACCAAACCCAAGAAAAAUACCAAAGCUUGGGUCAAAAUCGGGGCCUUAAAUAUCAGAGGACUAGGCAGUACGAAUUUCAAUGAUCCACAUAACAAAUGGUGGCAUGUAAACUGA